AUGGGGACAAGGGAGAGGCGGAGACCUCCUGCAGAGCCGGCGGUGGCCAGGCAAUGUGACGUCAUCAACAGCCCCAAGCUGGCAGGUGAGCUGCAGGGAGCCAACCUGGGAAGCCUUUUGCCCCCCAGGCAGAUCCAGCUGCUGGAGGCCACGUUCCUGUCCAACGAGGCGGCCAACGUGAGGGAGCUGAUCAGCCGAGCCCUGCACCUGGAGGCACAGCGCUGGGCCCAGGAUGAGGCCCCCCAGAGCUUGGACGGCCACUGCCACAGCGAGCUGGCCAUCGACAUCAUCCAGAUCAUUUCCCAGGGCCAGGCCAAGGCCGAGAGCAUCACCCUGGAGCUGGGCGCGCAGAUCAGGCCGGUGCUGCUGGCUGAGCUGUUCAUGUUCCUGAGCAGCUACGAGCGCUCCUUUAAGGAAUUUCUGGAGAGAUACAAACAUCUGAGAAACUACAGGGCCAACGUCAUUGCCAACAUCAACAACUGCCAGCUGUUCCGGUCAUCUGUAGAGCAGAAGUGGCAGAUGUGUCAGGCCCUCCCGAGCUACCUGCUGGCCCCCCUGAAUGAGAUCAAGACCCGCGGGUUUGACGUCCUGCUCCAGAACCUGUUUGGGGACCUGAAGCCGCUGUUCAGGCAGUUCACGCUGACGCACUGGGCAGCGCCGGAGCAGACCCUGGAGGAAAUCCUCGAGGCCGUGCGGGCCGGGCUGCCGGAGUUCUCUGCGCUCCACCUCGGCUUUCGCGAGGAGCUCAUGGAGAUCGUCCACCUGCACCUGGUGAAGGAGUACAUCGCGCGCCUCAGCAAGCGGCGCCUGGUGCUCAAGACGGCAGAGCAGCAGCAGCAGCUGGCACGACACAUCCAGGCCAACGCGGAGGCCAUCCGGGACUUCUGCACGCAGCAUGGCUCCCAGGCCAGCUGGCUGCAGGACGCCCUCCCCACACUGGCGGAGAUCAUUCGUCUGCAAGACCCCAAUGCCAUCAAGAUCUCGGUAGCCACUUAUGCCACAUGGUACCCCGACUUCAGCAAAGGGCACCUGAGCGCCAUCUUGGCCAUCAAGGGGAACCUGUCGAGCAGCGAGGCCAGGGGCAUCCGGAGCAUCCUGGACGUCAGCAUGGGCGGGCAGGAGCCCUCCAAGUCCCUGUUCUCGCUUAUAAAGGUCAGCUAGCUCUCCCUGCGGCCUGACCUGCCCGUGUGUGCCCAGCACCGGACUCUCCUCGCCCGCCUGGCAGCCCCGCUACUGCCGCUGCCCAACCCUGCUGAAGGCUCGGGCCGCUGGGCCGCUGGCCUCGGACAGGCCCUGGUCUGGUGACGCGCCUGUUGGGGACAAGGCACCCGCCCGGGGCCCCAAGCAACUCCCGCAAAUGCCAGUUGACCCAAGUGCGAUGGAGGGAGAGGCCGGGCUGAGACGCCCGUGCCCCAUGGCGCCUGCCAGAGCCAUCCUCACGCCUGGGCAGCUCCUGAGCCUGCUGUACCGCCCGUGGCCUUGGCCUGGCCAGGACAGAAGGCAGAGCUGGUGGGGAACCAAGGGGCCUGGAAAGGGGGAGGGCCCCCAGCUCCAGACAGCCCCUGGACCCCUGCAGGCAGACCCCAGCCCUUUCUCAGCCCCCAGGCAGGGCCUGGCCAUGGGCGAGGUCCCGCGACUGCCCUAAAAGUCUCCACAAAGACUUCCGGCCUGAACACGUCGCCCCAGCGGGCUGACCACACAGGCCCAGCGGGCUGCAUGGGUUCCAGGAGGAUUUGCUGGCCGUCUGGCUUCCCCAGCCUCCGUGUGUGGCCUCCUUCGGCCAGCGGGCUGCGGGCCCUCAUGCCCGGCACUCGCGUCCACCUUCCCUUGGGGCCCUGCACGCACGGCCUUUGACCUGUGCCCCGGCCCCAGGCCUGCGCACCUCUCCCUGGGUGGCAGGGCUGUUCCACGACACCGCCUGCCACGUGACCACCCUUGUCACGGGCCCCAGGGACCAGGACGUAAACGCGGGGCAUCCUUCUGCGCCCUCCGCCCCUGCCCUGUGGGGUGCGUUCCCUUCUCCCUCCUUGUCUCUGCCGGCCCAGACCCCCCUCACAGGGCUCCUCUGGCCCCGAGGAGUCUCCGCGUCUGGCCUCUGCGGAGCCAAGGUGGGGCUGGGCCUGCGCCCAGGUACCCUGUGAGCGGGCGGCACCGUGGGGUGUCGUCACGUUGAUGGCACUGCUUUUGUCUGUCCUCGGGACAAGAUCCAGGAUUUGUCUGGCUGAAAUA